UAAAACCCCUCGACUCUCCAACAUUUUCACUAAUCCACCCCUCUCCUCUUCCAUUUUCUCGAUCUCUCCACAACUCACCCCCAAGUCAAGUCUGUCUCGGUGCUCACGCCGUCGGCCGCCGCCCUUGCCCGCGUCGCUUCCUCCCACGCGUGGCCGCCGCGGCGUGGAAAACCCCAGGCGGAGGAGCGAGCGAGCUGCCCGCUGUCCUCUUUACCCAUCCACAUCGGCGGCGGAGAGGAGCCAAAUUGGGUGGCCCGUCCGCCGCUCGCUCUGGCUGUCGGCGUCCUGUAAUCCGGUUUGGGGGGGCCGAGCGGGCGGCGAUCCCGCGCGGGGAUGCGGCGGGCCGAGGCGUGAUGUGCGGAUCGGAGCAUGGACGUGAUCGCGUCGCCCAGUAGGAGCUGCAGCGGCCGGGGCGGGAGCAGGGGUCGCACGGGGUGCGGCCAUGACGAUUUACAUAGCGCGGGAGGCUUCCAAGCGUGUAGGUAUGGAGGAAGGUGACCACGGAGACGAUGGUGGAGCUGGCGCUUCUGCGCGACAAGUGGGGACUGCUCCUCGCCGGAGUUGUGUUUCAGUAUGUUCACGGGCUGGCUGCUCGAGGAGUGCAUUACUUGCAUCGACCUGGUCCACUUCUGCAGGACCUUGGAUUUAUGGCCCUUCCAGAGCUUGGGCAAGACAAAGGUUAUCUGAGUGAGAGCAUAUUUUCUUCCAUCUUCAUCUCCUUUGUUUUGUGGACUUUUCAUCCUUUUAUUUAUCAUAGCAAACGAUUCUACACUGUCCUAAUCUGGCGCCGGGUCCUAGCUUUUCUAGUUGCUUCUCAGGUAUUAAGGAUUAUUACAUUCUACUCCACCCAGCUUCCGGGUCCAAACUACCAUUGUCGUGAGGGCUCAAAGUUGGCUACUCUUCCACCACCCAACAAUGUAUUCGAAGUGCUCCUGAUUAACUUUCCUCGUGGAAUACUUUUUGGCUGUGGUGAUCUGAUAUUUUCAUCUCACAUGAUUUUUACUCUUGUUUUUGUUCGAACAUACCACAAAUAUGGCUCAAAAAGGUUUAUUAAGCUCCUUGCUUGGUUCAUGGCUAUAAUACAGAGUCUUCUUAUAAUUGCUUCUCGCAAACACUACUCCGUGGAUGUUGUUGUUGCUUGGUAUACCGUUAAUUUAGUUGUAUUCUUCGUCGACAGCAAACUCGCAGAAAUGCCGGACCGUACAAAUGGAGUACCUUUGCUUCCAUUGAGUACCAGAGAAAAGGAUGGCAGGUUGAAGGAGGAGAAAGACAGCAGACUGAAGGAAGAGUUCCAUAAGCUGUUAAACGGGAACCAUGGCGAUCCUACUGAUCGGCGACAGCGCGCGCAGAUGAACGGCAGGCACGACGAAGACAUCAAUCACACCCACAGCACGCUCUCCGACGCCGCUGCCAAUGGUGGUGGUACAUGAGCGGCAUCUGCUUUUCACCGGGAGUUUGUCUUUCGCGUCGCUCCCGAGGAGAAUCCUCUGGGUGAUCGAAAACAGCCGCCCGGUCCGGUCCAUCUGCAUAGUGCAUCCUCUGUCGAUUCUACUACUCUUCCACCGUAGGCAUGAUCGCAGAUGAAACGAAACGAAAUGAAUGGACGAUUUGGUGCUCUAAAUCAAAAGCCUCCGUAGACAAUCAGAAUCUCGGUGCCGUUCGUCGGAGUCGCGGUUUCUCCCUGUUCUAACCCCCCCCCCCCUCCUCCAUUGCGACGCUCAUCAAAUUAGAUCGCGAUGUACAUACUGGCCAGCUUAAAAUCAUAUGAGCUGUUUGAUGCUUUGCCGUUC